AUGUCUGACGCAGGUCGCAAGGAUUUCUCUACCAAGGCCAAGGAGGAAAUAACUCCUGACUCCUCGAAGUCAACCCAGCAAAAGGUUAAGGAAACCUUCACCGACACUACUGAUCGCCUCGCUCGUGGUACUCAGCCAGAUGAUGACAAGUCUACCGCCCAGUCUGCUUUUGACAAGUCUCAGCGCACCAGCGACAAUGAGGCUCACGGUGGCGCUACUUCUUCCAUUGGUGACAAGAUCAAGGACACCUUGGGCUGGAACAACAAGUAA